CCCCUUCCUCAACCUUGGGCUCGUCUAGUCAUCUUCCAUCUUUCCAAUUUCCAUCAGUGUAAAAAUUGAGAACAAUUCAAUUUCCGUUGUCCAGUACGGUAGAGCUUUUCUAAUUCAGAUUCGAAUCAACUUUCGAACCGGGCUGAACCUGUUUCGCAUCGUCUCCGUCAGGAUUGAGCCGAGACAUUGACGCCUGUACGACGCAACGAACCAAAUCCCGAACCGGAAAGAAAAGCCGACAGUCACAAUGGGCGGCCAAGCCAACCUCUAUUCGUUCCCCGCCGUGGACGCGCUGGCCCCGGUCCUCCGCGCCUACAUUAUCCAGUGCCAGACCGCCGGCAUCCACCGCCACGGCAUCUUCAAGGUCGCCGUGUCCGGCGGCUCCCUGCCCAAGACGCUUGCCCAGGCCCUCCUGACGCCCCCCGCAUCGGAGGACGACGUGGUGCACUGGGAUAAGUGGGAGAUCUUCUUCGCCGACGAGCGCGCGGUGCCGCUCGACCACGCCGACUCCAACUACGCGCUGCUCAAGGCGGAGCUGCUCGACAAGCUGCCGGCGGGCGCGGCGCAGCCGGUGGUGCACCCGAUCGACACGAGCCUGCUCGACGACACGCAGGAGCUGGCGGACAACUACGAGCAGGAGCUCGUCAAGAGCUUCGCCAGCCGCGACUCGGUGAAGCUGCCCAUCUUCGACCUGCUGCUGCUCGGCUGCGGGCCCGACGGCCACACCUGCUCGCUCUUCCCCGGCCACGAGCUGCUGCGCGAGACCAGCGCCUGGGUCGCCCCCAUCGAGGACUCCCCCAAGCCGCCCCCGAAGCGCGUCACCCUCACCCUGCCCGUGGUCACCCACGCCGUCCGGGUCGCGUUCGUGGCCACCGGCGGCGGCAAGAAGGAGGUGAUGAAGGAGAUCUUCGAGGCCGGCAACGGCCUGCCGUGCGCCCUGGUCAACGAGGGCGCUGGCGAACGGUGCAGCUGGUUCGUCGAUGACGCCGCCGUCGAGGGGGUGACCUACCCCAGGAGGGCUUUCAACCUGUAAAGGGGGCAACCGGUAAAGGGAACGCGGAGGAUUGGCAAAGGGCUCUCAAGAUAUUAGGUUGAGUUACGAAAACAGUCAUGAGGAACAAGAGGUACGAGG